AUGGAUCACGAAGGGGCUGUCCGCUCAAUUGGCAGCAGCGAUGACUUUUCCAUCGAGCUUACAAUCUUCCAAUUAUUCGCACUGAUACGGCUAACCCUUUUAGAGUUUCCAUCGUCGGCAAGGCUAUCAUUUCUCGUGAGCUAUCACAGCGGGUGGUCCGGGCACCGACUAGAGCCUAAGCUCCCAGCGGGGAAGUGCAUCACAGAUAGCAGCCAGAUGUAG